AUGGACGAAGUAAUAUUGGGGAUGGAUUUUAUGGCAAAACAUGGCUUAGUACUGGAUAUGAAAAGGCAAGUGUUACAAUACGCUAAUGUGACUUUGCCGUUGACUGUAGGAUACGACAGACAAGCCGAAGUGUUACAAGUUGUAGUACAACGACAACAGAAGAUCCCUCCAAACUCCGAAGCAAUAGUGUGGGCCGCGGCUACCGAGGAGCUAAGGCUAAACAAGACAUGGGUUGUCGAGCUGAAUAAAGAAUAUACGAAAGACAACAUCAUCAUUGGAAAAGCGGUUGUAUCACCAGUCAACAAUUUAAUACCAGUACGGCUAUUAAACCCGACCAACGUUACAACAAAAAUUCACAAAGGGGACAUUAUAGCACAAUGCCAAAAAGCCGAAUAUGUAGUAGAUCAUCAAGCCGAAACUCCGAAAACACGCCCAACGGUAUCCCCAGAGGCUGAAAUUCUCAUAAUAGGAUGGACUAGCAAUCUGGAUGAGCAGCAGAAGAAAUAUGCCAAAAAGUUUUUGGUGGAAAAUUGGUCCAUCUUUGCCGACGGUACGAAUUUAAAUGGCCGUACUAAUGCAGUGAAGCAUAUAAUUAACACUGUAGGAGCUGAUCCGAUUCGGCAACGGCCUAGAAGAAUUCCACUGGCAAAAAGAAGAAAAGUGGCGGACUUAAUCAAAGACAUGCAAGAGCAGAAAGUUAUCGAACCAUCGAAUAGCCCUUGA